AUGUCGCCUCGACGCGGAGGUUAUAGUAGCUAUACUUCGGGCUAUGGCUCGAGUCCCUGGAGCGAGGAGACCCGGCUGAGUCUCGACUAUUCAUAUCGCUAUCCCAACUACCGGAGUCUCUUUAUUGCCGGAUUCGUCUUCCAUAUUCUGACUGCUGUUGCCUUUGUCGCGUUUCUCAUUUGGUCAUGCACGAUUCGCAAUCGUGGUCUACCACUGAAAGGGCUUAUCUCCGCUCUUUUUGCAUAUAUCCUAUCUGAGCUAUGCUCAAUCAUCUAUGAAGCUCUAUACAUCGCCGACGUCUAUGUCACAGAAUAUUACCGCAUCAUCCUGAUGCUUGGAACUUUCUUCUAUUUUCUCGCCACUCUACUUCUAUUCUAUGUCUUCUGGAGCCUCGUACACCGCUUACUGGGCCGUCUCACGGAUUCCGGAAAACCAUAUGCAGCAGUGACGAUCAUCCAUUGGAUUCUCCUCGGCAUCAUCUCGGCCGUCUCAAUCGCCAGCUGGGGAAUGUAUGUCGCUUACGAAGUUGGACAAGUGACAUACAUCAGUCUAGAAAUCACAUUGGCCUGGAUUGAUCUCGACAGCGCCCUGACAAUCAUCUUCUGGCUGUUAUCAAUUGAAAUCGCGGCCUGGACAAUUUUCGUGAUUGUCAAGGCUGGGACCCACCGCUUUCUGUCAAAGACGCCAGCCAUUUCCCUCUUGGUUGGUUCCGUCUGCUGGUUCGCCGUGAACAUGAUGUGGGCCAUCCUCGCCAUCCGCUACAACCUCGAAAAGGGUAAUAGCUACCCAGUCUAUUUGGUCUGUGCCAAACCAGUCAUCAUAUUCGUCUUCCUGGUUGGAACGUUCAUGGGAAUAGUCUUGUGCUGCGCGAAAUGGAGCACCCUUGGCGUUGGCCCGGAUAAGUAUGAGCAUGCUGCUGUGACUGGCCAGUAUCCACCUCAAUAUCCCCCUGGACAGUACCCUGGAUACCCAGAGAAUUCUCAGGGACAAUACGCCCCUGCCCAGUAUCCGCCUGGGGUCUCUUCUUAUCAGUAUCCGGCUUACGGCCAUCAUGCCGCUGAAGCUCCGGCUCCAGCGCCGGUUCCAGCUCACUCGCCUCAGCCUCAUUCACCUCAGUAG